UGGAAACUGGAUUGCAGGUCACUGGCUGGGGUUAGACGGCGACCACGACGACGGCGACGGCAGCGACGGCACCACCCUUCCAUUUCUUUCUCUCGUUUCAACCGGAAAUCCCUUCUCGAAGACCCCCCACCCAUUCCCUUCCCAGCUCCCGGACGCCAUGGCGUCGCGAGUGGUCACGACGGUGCUCGCCGGAGCCCUCCCCGCACCCCCGCACGCUCCCGUGGCCGCGGCCGCCGGCGGUGGCAGCAAGUUCAUCGAGUGGAAGAACCGCCCGAGCCGCCACCGCGGCAUUCGCUGCGGCAUCGCCCGUGCCUCGCGCAGCCGCCCGCACUACCCCUCCUCCGCCGCCUGGACGGCUGAGGUAGCUGCAACUAUACCCCAAACCACGUCCUCCGAGGUCCCCGGAAGCUUUAAUCUCCAUGUGGAUGGUCUGGUUCAGGACGGCGUCCUCGAGCAGCUCAAAAGCGCGGUCGCUGCGCUCGCCAUCAUCGCCCAGAUUUCCGUGGCGCUGCCGGCGAAUGCGAUCCUCUACUCGCCGGACACGAACGUGCCCAGGACUGGGGAGCUCGCGCUGCGGAGGGCCAUCCCGGCGAACCCAAGCAUGAAGACCAUACAGGAAUCGCUGGAGGACAUCUCGUACUUGCUGAGGAUACCGCAGAGAAAGCCGUAUGGCUCCAUGGAGGGGGAUGUCAAGAAGGCCAUGAAAAUAGCACUAGAUAACAAGGAGGCAAUGUUGGGAAGCAUGCCUGCAGAACUAAAGGAAAAGGGCUCCGAGCUGUACACUUCCUUGCUCGAAGGGAAGGGUGGUUUACAAUCUCUCUUGAACUAUAUCAAGGACAAGGACAAUGACAGGCUUUCAGUAGCUCUUGCUUCUUCUCUUGAUACUAUUGCUGAAUUGGAGCUGUUGCAGGCACCAGGCUUAUCCUUUCUCUUACCUAAACAGUAUUUGGAUUAUCCAAGGCUAACUGGAAGAGGAGUCGUUGAAUUCACAGUUGAGAAAGGUGAUGGUUCAACAUUCGUUCCAACUGCUGGUGGUGAGCCCAAAAGUGUUGGUACAAUUCAGGUUGUAGUUGAUGGGUAUUCUGCCCCACUGACUGCUGGGAAUUUUGCGAAAUUGGUUUUGGAGGGGGCAUAUGACGGGGUAACACUGAAAUCUGCGAACCAGGCAGUCAUUGCAGAUAGUGAGUCUGGGAAGAAAGGGUAUACUAUUCCACUAGAGGUCAUGCCUGCUGGACAAUUUGAACCAUUGUACAGAAGUCCGUUAAGUAUUCAGGAUGGAGAAUUGCCAGUCCUUCCUAUGUCUGUAUACGGCUCCGUUGCCAUGGCACAUAGUGAGGAUUCAGAGGAAUACUCAUCACCAACCCAGUUCUUCUUCUACCUCUAUGAUAAGAGAAAUUCUGGUUUAGGAGGAAUAUCCUUUGAUGAAGGCCAAUUUUCAGUUUUCGGGUAUGCCACCACAGACGGAAGAGAUGUCCUUUCGCAGAUCAAGACUGGGGAUAAAAUUCGUUCCGCCAAGCUGGUACAGGGCAGAGAACGCCUUGUGCUGCCAGCGGCAGCUUCAGCGCCGGCUCCAGAAGAUCCAGCGCCUGCUCCAGCAGAUCCAUCGCUUGCUCCGGCAGAGGGUUGACACAAUCAUGUACAAUCAGCCCGAAACGCUCCAGACAUAUACAACAUUCUUUCAUUGACCAGGAGACAAACCAUUUUGUAUACGAGAGCAAGUAAACUUGACCAAAGACAGCUUAUCAAAUGGAGUAUAUAUAUAGAAGAAUCAUCGUACA